AUGGCUUCACCUUCCGCAUCCCCUGAGCCAGAAAUACCUCGGUUUGAAACUGUUUUUGUUGUAAAUCUUGACACAUAUGCAAAGAACUCGACAGAAAACAAUGGAAAAACCAAAGUCAAGGAGGUGAAGUCUACCAAGGUCAAAGAAGUUGUUUUUCAUGUCUCCGCACCCAAUUACCUCGAAUUCCUCACAACUAUGCUUGCAAAGCACGACAAAUCACUUUAUAAGGUUACCGAGAAGAAAAGGUACACUUUUAAAUACCUUCCUGGUGCUUCUCGCAGCCGCACAGAAGCCAUGGAUGUCGACAACAAGAAUGAUUAUGCCGAGAUGGCAAAGAAGAUCAUUUCUGAGAAACUCAAAAAGAUCAAGAUUUUCAUUGACAUGAAGAAUGUCGAGAAACUGCCUGUUUCUACCCAUGAGGCAAGCCUCGAAAACUUUAGUUCUUUAGGAAAUGCUGCUACCAAUGAGAGUGGAGAAUCUGAGGAUGAGGAAACUGUGCUUGUUGUUGAGACUGGUGCUUCAGAGCUCGAGCGUGAAAUUGCUCGUUAUCGACAACUCAUUAUCAAGAAGUGGGGUAAUGACUAUGACAACUUGAUUAUGUACAUUCACGCGAGUGGUAUGGAGAUUCCUUGUACCCCAGCCAUGGUGAAAGACUGGGCUCGUGCAAUGGUGAUUGAUUUGUAGUGACUUUAUGUGUCUCUAGUUGAACCUUGUGUUUUCUCAGUAUGAUGGUGAAGCCAUGACUUCGAUGCCACUAAUGAUGUUCCGG